CCCGCUCCCUGAUUCCCGUUUUCCCGCCCAGGAUGGUGCAGCAGUUCGGGGUGGAUUUCGAGAAGCGGAUCGAGGGAUCCGGGGAUCAGGUGGACACCCUGGAGCUCUCCGGGGGCGCUCGGAUCAAUCGCAUUUUCCACGAGAGAUUUCCCUUCGAGCUCGUCAAGAUGGAAUUUGACGAGAAGGAUUUGCGGCGGGAGAUCAGCUACGCCAUCAAGAACAUCCACGGGGUGAGGACGGGGCUGUUCACGCCGGACCUGGCGUUCGAGGCCAUCGUCAAGAAGCAGCUGGUGAAGCUGAAGGAGCCGUGCCUGAAAUGCGUGGAUUUGGUGAUCCAGGAGCUGAUCAACACCGUGCGGCAGUGCACCAGUAAGGUACUGCUCAGACUGGGGUCAAACUGGGGUCAAACUGGAGUCAAACUGGGGUCAGACUGGUCAGCCCGGUGCACCAGUAAGGUACUGCUCAGACCGGGGUCAAACUGGGGUCAGACCGGGGUCAAACUGGGGUCAGACUGGGAGGGACUGGUGAGCCCAGUGCACCAGUAAGGUACUGCUCAGACC